GAGUAUGCAACAUUCUUGGAGAACUGCAGCAUUCCAUUCUGCUCGUCGUCGGAAGGUGGGAGCAAGUUCCUUUUCAACCUCCUCCACCAACCAGGAGGAAACAAGCACUUUGCUUGCGUGCGCCCUCGACAGGUGGUCGCGCUGUUCAAUGGCACCAACGCGGACGACAGUCGGGACCCCACCAGGGUGGGGCUCAAGGCGGCAACGAAGUUCAAGGUGAUGGCGCACACGAUCUCCAAAGACCAUUCCCGUCUGGUGUUUUGCCUCUACCGCCUGUUGCUGCGCGAUGCCCGGCGGGUCCGGCAUUCACGGGCCCCCUUUGUAUUUCUUCAGGAGCGUCCCAGCCGCGAACGCUAUUCUCAUCUAUGGGAAAUCACGCCGGACUAUGACGCGAAUGUGCUGGACAACUUGCUUCCUUCCUACCUGCGGCAUGAAUUGACGACGUGCGAGCUCAAAGCUCAGGACUUGGAGCGUAUCAUCAAGGCCAAUUUCCGUCGUUUCCGGUCGUUGGGAACCUCAGAAGAGAGUCCCAACCCCAAACACCACGUUACCCUUCCAUCGGGCCCCCCCGCCACACCGACAGAAUCACCACGCCACAGUUCGGGCCACAGCAGGAGGCGGAGCAGCAGGAUGCGUGGCGCUAAUAUCAUGCCCAUACCGCCUCCCACGUUGGACCAGGUCCUCGACGACACGAUGGCCUUAACCCGGACCAUGGCCGAGCAACUCUCGCUUUUCGAAAGCACUAGCGUCACGGAAUCCUACGGAAUCCGCGUCAUAGCCACCGCCACCACGGCCCUGGACCAACAGCAACAGCAACAGCAGCAGCAACAACAACAAAUGCAACAGUCGGGGGCUGUGCAGCCUCCGCCUCCCUACUUUUUUUUUUACACCAUCCGGGUCGAGAAUCGAAACCGGCGGGCCUCUGUCCAAUUGAUGGGACGUCAUUGGAUCAUUCAGGACGAACAGGGGCGAGAGACGGACUCGGUGCCCAAGGGCAGUAUUGCACCACUACCAAUACUAUCGAUCGGCAACCUCGACAACGACAGCUCCAUCAGCAAGCUGAAGUGGUCCGUGUUCACAGACCGCAGUAUCGGAGGGAAAUCAGAAGCCUCUUUCGAAGUUUCGACGACAGGAAAUCAUCCUAUAAACGAGACCGAUGGGCACACGGGCGAGAUUAGACCCCCAUCUGCGACCUUUUCAGGUAACCUUUCCAAUAUGCGGCCCGCAGCAGAUCCCACCGUCAAGCGUACAGGUUACUGUGCUCUGAAGGUCGAAAUGCCCCGGUCUUUCCGAGUGGAGGGCUACGAAGGCCUCGAGCUUACAGUGAGGACGGACGGUCGGAGCUACAUCACUAAUCUUGAGCCUCAUCAUAUUCUGCCAAGGCUGCAAGUCCUAGCCUGCCCAUCUCUCAACUCCGUCGACAUUACCUCCCCCUCAGCCUCCUCGCCCCCCCAACCCCAGUGCCCAACGUCCUACGCCGAGUCUGCAGCCCCCACCCCGCUCACUCCUGUACUGCGAGAGACCUUCGACCGCACAGGAUUCUUUUGUCCGUUUCGCACCUUCGGGGUGCAAGCACUGGCCCCUGCCUCCUCCCCCUCGAAGCCUCUGCUCCUGUAUCUCCCAGGCCUGGAUGGUUCCGGCCUCACCGCCUUUGUCCAAUACCCCUCGCUGGCAGAGGCGUUUGAAGUCCGGUGCAUGACCAUGCCCACCACAGACAGGAGCUCUUUCUUGGACCUGAUCCAUCUGGUGCGGACGGAGAUCCGAUCUUUCCCGGGCAGACGCGUCUUCGUCAUGGGAGAGUCCUUCGGCGGCCUUCUCGCCCUCGGCACAGUCUUGGAGCGUACAAAACGUCCCGAUGUCAGGGACACUGCAGACAUCCAGGGCGUGGUCCUGGUAAAUCCGGCUACCUCCUUCUCGCGCACUAUUUGGGGCAAGGUGGGUCCUCUCAUCACCAAGCUCCCUCAGCCCUUCUACAGCCUCAGUCUUCUUCCCAUCGGCCUUCUCCUUGUCGACGGAGGCCAAAUCAAAGGCUUGAUCAAGGACGCAUUCGUUCGACUCCAAGAAGCCGCUCCCACCCCCUCCGGGCGCGCCCCCUCG